AGACAGUACAACAACACAAUACACCUGAAAUAACUCGUAUCCGGAUCCCGUAUCUUUUCCACUGCGUACAUGAAGCGACGACGAAACAUUUAAUUCAUUUAACAAAAUCCAAACCAUGGCAGGUUCGGUGGAUACGAGGAAGCGAUCGCGCGAGGAGGAGCAGAACGAAUUUAUGCCACUAUCGAAACGCAUCAACAAUCUGCAUCUGAACAAUAAUCAAAGCAACCUAGGGGGCCCUAUACCGGAGCAGCUCGGCCCAACGGUAGCAAGCAAUGGGCAGUUCGCCAUCGGGGACCCAAAUUCUCACCACAUGCACCACCAGCUACACCACCAUCAUGGCCACCACCACCCGCACCAUCUGCUCGGGGUCAUGAACGGUGCCAGCGGAAGUAACAGCAACAGUAGCAGCAGCGGAUCGCUUUCGCUCGCGGCCAACAGUGGCAGCAACAGUCCCGCCUCGACCCAUGCCUCCACCAUAUCGAUCAACGGGGAAAUCCUCGGCGACUACUGCCCGGUGCUGAGUGCCGAGGAGAAUCCGCACUACUUCACCAAGAACAAGGUUCUGUACGAUUUGUACAUUGAGCGCAUGAGACGGCUACAGUGAUCCACCGUGGCGUAAUGGCUAAGAACUAUUUACUUUAUUCUACCUAACUUAUCGGAGUAUGUGUUUCCCCCCGGGUGCAUUACGAAAUUCGUCGUGGCUUGUUUUGAUCUUUUUUGAACGGUAAAUUUAAGUAUGAACUACAGCUGGAGAGCUGGAGGAUGGAUUCUGUGUCGCACUUCCGUAUUCGUGGUUCCAAAAACCUCACAAAUAAAAAAAUAACACCAGCAGUGGAAAAUAGUAAUAAUCCAAAGACGCUUCGAAAUACUGGGACCCCAUUUUAAAGGGUCACGAGUGAAAUGAUGUAUGAAAUAAAAGAGUCUGGAACUCUAAC